GAACACAAAACAUCACAACAGAAGUUAUAACAAUCUUCUUCCAUAUACAUCCUUUUUUACUUGUGUUCUAAAUGGCAACAAUACCAUAUAUGAAUAUUCUGAGUUAUAUACUUAUCUUCUUGUUAAUAUUCAUUGUUACACAAGUUUUUUACUCAUUAUUUGCAACCAAAAUGAGAAACAAAACUAACUCAAAACUUCCACCAGGACCUUUCCCUCUUCCCAUAGUUGGAAACCUCUUUGUAAUGAACAACAAGCCACAUAAAUCAUUAGCCAAACUUGCCAAAAUUUAUGGUCCAAUAUUAAGUUUAAAACUAGGCCAAGUAACAACCAUAGUUGUCUCUUCGGCCGACUUGGCCAAAGAGAUACUCCAAACUCAUGAUUCCUUACUCUCGGACCGUACCGUACCUCAUGCUUUAACCGCUUUCAACCACGACCAAUUCGGGGUUGGAUUCCUCCCUCUUUCGCCUCUUUGGCGAGAGAUGAGAAAAGUAUGCAAAAAUCAACUAUUCUCCAACAAGAGUCUUGAUGCAAACCAAUGUAUUAGGCGUACAAAAAUAGAUGAACUCAUCGGUUAUGUUUCUCAAAGGAACCUUAAGGGUGAAGCAAUAGAUAUGGGAAAAGUAGCUUUUAGGACUUCAAUUAAUAUGUUGUCAAAUACUAUUUUUUCUGUAGACUUUGCUAAUAACUCUGCAGGUACUAAUGAAAAUAAAGAGAAUAAGGAUUUGGUUAUGAAUAUGGCAGAGACGGUUGGAAAGCCAAACAUGGCUGAUUUUUUCCCAUUAUUGAGGUUGAUUGAUCCACAAGGCAUCAAAAAGACCUAUAUGUUUUAUAUUGGAAAGUUGUUCAAUGUCUUCGACAACAUAAUCGACCAAAGGUUGAAGUUGCGAGAAGAGGAUGGUUUUUUCACCAACAACGACAUGCUAGACUCCUUGCUCGACAUUCCUGAAGAAAACAGAAAGGAGUUGGAUAGAGAAAAAAUUGAACAUUUAUUACAUGAUCUACUUGUUGGGGGAACUGAUACAACUACAUAUACAUUAGAAUGGGCAAUGGCUGAACUACUUCACAACCCAAAUAUAAUGUCAAAGGUUAAAAAAGAACUUGAAGAUACCAUUGGAAUAGGAAAUCCACUUGAGGAAUCUGAUAUUACAAGACUCCCUUACUUACAAGCAGUAAUCAAGGAGACCUUACGCUUGCACCCGAUAGCUCCACUUUUGCUCCCUCGAAAAGCAAAGGAAGAUGUAGAAGUCAAUGGCUACACCAUUCCGAAAGAUGCACAAAUCUUCGUUAAUGUAUGGGCUAUUGGUAGAGACCCAGAAGUGUGGGACAAUCCAUAUUUAUUUUCACCAGAGAGGUUUUUGGGAACAAAGCUCGAUAUCAAGGGACAAAAUUUUCAGCUCACGCCGUUUGGCAGUGGCAGACGAAUUUGUCCCGGUUUGCCAUUAGCUAUGAGGAUGUUGCACAUGAUGUUGGGAUCAUUACUAAUUUCUUUUGAUUGGAAGCUAGAAAAUGAUAUGAAACCUGAAGAAAUAGACAUGGAAGAUGCAAUACAAGGACUUGCCUUGAGAAAAUGUGAAUCCUUGAGAGUUAUUCCAACCAAAAUCAGUAAUUAAAUUCCCUACGUAGCAACUUGUAAUUCUUUUACAUGUAUUGCAAUAAAUGGCAUGUAUAAGGAAAUUAAACAUAGUAGUGUGAGUAGACAUACAUGAUGAAUAAAUAUAAUGGCUUGACCAAGCCCACUUAGAUGUUUAAUACAUAAAAAAUGAAUAGUAGAAGCAUAUAACCAGAACAAAAUUGUCAUCCAUUUCAUGAGUACUAAAAUGUGUUGUCUAUUAGUAA